UACAUGUCAAGCGCGCUCCCGGAUACGUAUACCUGCUUACGUGUACGGGGCCGGGGCAUGUGUGCGGGGCUCGAUAAUCGCGAUCUGACGUCGCAGACGCACGGAGUGGUCCGCGUUCACGUUUCACAUAAGAUUCGACAGACAUGACCGUCAAACUGAAGUUGAAAGACGUGAAGGACAAGCUGAAGGAGGACACCCUGGACCUCAGCUUGUGCGACUUGGAGGAAGUGCCUGUGCGAGAAAUCGCAUCUCUUAGAAAAGCCACAAAUGUCAAUUUAUCAACCAACCUUUUGGUUUCACUGCCGGCCACUUUUGUUACCUUGAAACAAAUUGUAAAAUUGGAUCUUAGCAGAAAUAUGUUGAUCGAACUUCCUGAAAAUUUUGGCGAGAUGACUCAAUUGAAACAUUUGGAUUUAUACGCUAAUAAGAUCAGCAGAUUACCUCUGAGCCUGAGUGAAUUAAAAAAUCUAAGGUGGUUGGAUUUGAAAGAAAACCCUUUGACCGAGGCUGUAGCCAGUGUUGCGGGACCAUGUAGUAAUAUGCGCGAGUGUCAGGCAUGCGCUCGUAAUAUUGUCACUUAUUUGUCCAAUGUUAAACUUGUCAUCGAGGAAGAGAGAUUACGUAGAUUAAAUAAUGUCACAGGCGAUGCAGACAAGGAGAUGCCAAGUACAAAGAAGGAGAACAAGAAGAAAAAGAGGAAGAAGGAUGUGGAAAGGGAGAAGAUGAACGGAAAUAAAACUGAUUCUCCAACACAGAGCGAAGGAUGCUUGCAGGACAAUAACGAUAGCGCAAGAUUAAUGGGAUCAUCAUCCAAUAAUGCGUCUACGCGUAAAUCGUACAAAUCGACAAGUACUGGGCUAUGCCGAUCUUUCACAUGUGUGAUCGUAUGGUUCUUCAUGAUUAGCUCGUUACUUACCAUAGCGAUGGUGAUGCUUUCAUGGCGUUAUGAGCAACAGACGGACACGUUUCUGCAAAAUGCGCAGACGUUAUCAGGGCUGCCGUUGAAGAAUUAUCAUCGACAGACUACAGAUUAUUUGCAGCGUAUAAUAAAGAUCGCGACUGUGCAGAUCAAAUCGAUUAUCGACAUUGCCAAUGAUUUCUACAGAACACAAUUCGAGAGUGGCACAAGCAAGGAGGGGAAAGAAUUAUAAAAUUGUUUGCCUAUUUCCAUUUAACUUUGGAAAUCGGUAAGAUUACAAAGCAUUUAAA